AUGCAAAUCGAUCCAAAACGCAAGCUUUUGUGCAGGGAGGAUUACGACAAUGUUUGGAGGGAAAUUCAAAUAAUGCACCAUUUGUCGGAGCAUCCUCAUGUUGUGAGGAUCAAAGGGACUUAUGAAGACAAUGUGUUUGUUCAUUUGGUUAUGGAAUUAUGUGCAGGUGGCGAGCUUUUCGAUAGGAUUGUUCAGAAGGGGCAUUACAGCGAGAAAAAGGCGGCUCAGCUUAUGAAAACCAUUGUUGGGGUGGUCGAGGCUUGUCAUUCUCUUGGCGUAAUGCAUAGGGAUCUCAAGCCGGAAAAUUUCCUUUUCGAUACUCCUGAUGAGGACGCAAAGCUUAAGGCUACUGAUUUUGGAUUAUCGGUUUUCUUCAAACCUGGACAAUAUCUUUCUGAUGUAGUUGGAAGUCCCUACUAUGUCGCGCCUGAAGUGUUGCAUAAAUAUUACGGCCAUGAAAGUGAUGUAUGGAGCGCUGGCGUUAUCCUCUACAUAUUAUUAUGUGGGGUUCCGCCAUUUUGGGCAGAGACAGAUAAUGGUAUCUUCAGACAGAUUCUGAAAGGAAAAAUAGAUUUUGAAUCUGAACCAUGGCCAAACAUUUCGGCAAGUGCAAAAGAUCUUAUAGGGAAGAUGCUUGAGAGAGAUCCUACAAGACGAAUAUCUGCUUAUGAAGUCCUAUGUCAUCCUUGGAUUGUGGACGAUACAGUUCCCUGGACAAACCUUUGGGAUCUGCAAUGGCGAGUUUUCUUGCAAGCUGAUAUUGACAACAACGGGAGUAUUGACUAUGGUGAAUUUCUUGCUGCAACCUUACAUAUGAGUAAGAUGGAAAGGGAGGAAAAUUUGCUCACCGCAUUCGCAUUCGCAUUCUUCGACAAGGAUGGAAGUGGUUAUAUAACCAUUGAUGAGCUUCAACAGGCGUGCAAAGAUUUUGGCCUCGGGGAUGUUCAUCGGGAGGACAUGAUUAGUGAAAUCGACAUAGACAAUGAUGGCCGGAGAAUUUGCUACAAUGAUGAGGAAGGGAAAUGCUGGGGUUGGGGGUGGAACCAUGAGAGGCAACUUGAAUUUUAA